GGCUGCGAUGCUGCGCGCGCGGCAGGUGGCCACGUGGCAGCUGGCUAAGAGGAGGGUUGCCCCCUGGCGGUGUGCCAGGGCUUGGUGCCGCCCCUGCAGCAGCGAGGCAACCGGCGAGCGGCCCGCGCCGGCGCCCGCGCCGGUGCUGCUGUUCCGUGCCAGGUCCCUGGAGAAUGAGAGCCGGAGCGUUGAGAAUGCCAUUACCUUUGCAACUGUGGGCAUGAGUGGUGGCAUGGGCUUCGCCUUUUUAGGACUGGCGCCCUUAACCUCGCCCAAUUUGUUCAUGAUAGGUUUGCUCUUGGCAAUCUUUCAGGUGCAGUUUGGAUAUAGCUUGAUCACGCGACAACUCUACAUGCAGCGAAGACGCUGGGUCAUGGAGUUGUACCGAGAUGAGGUAAGUGAAACAGCUAUCACCAACCACAUCUCACCAGCGCAGGACAAGCAUUUGGUGACGGUGGUUUGCGACGCCAACCUGAAACGAGUCUGGACCUUGGGGAAUGAUGCAGCUACAGGGGAUACACCUUCCAUGCAAGAUAUAGCGGAGAAGGGCAAAAUGUUCUUCUACCUGGACAGAGAAGUGGGUGAGGUGAUGGAUGCAGAGGGGUUGGAUGCCCUGCUGGCCGAUUCCAAGGGCAUUGAAGAGGAGAAGGUGGAGGUGAAACCAGUGAUCGGCGAAACUGAAGAACUUUCCAAGCGCAUUGUGCAGUCAUUCAGCGAACUCACGCGCACGAAUCUGCAACAGAUGGCCGGGAAGGAUGGUGGAUCUCCUAUCCAGCAGCUGGACGUCUUGGAACGUGCGGCAAAGAUCACCGGAGUCAGCUUCAUGACGAUGGGUCUGCUAUUCUAUGUCAUGGGAAAUUGGUCGGCUCAGAAUGCCAUCCACCGUGCAGCGCAGUCCUACACCCCCAGCCCAGCGAGUCAUGCCAGCCCAGCCAAAGCGACGUGAGUCAGCUGAUUCUUCUGUCCUGAGACAGGGUCAUCCAGGAUAUCCAUGGAUUUCGG